UGCUCCGUCCAUCAUGAUUCAUGUAUACAGUUUUGUCAAUGCUGGAAGAAGGAGAGCAGAAGGAGGAGGACACGCUGCUGUCAGCGGAUAGUUGCAUGAACUGCUCUCCCAGUAGUGUGUCGUUUAAGUAUGAUUCAAGGGCCUGUUUACGCGUUGUUAGCGGGCGUUUUGGGAGCCGCUGCAUCUCUGUCUGCCAAGCUGUCAUUCGGUGCAGACUACCUGAGAGAGAUGUGUGAGUCAGGACUCAGCGACUGGACUACAACACACGACUGGACUACAACCUGUGACUGGCUCCACAUCCCUCUGCGGCUGCUGUGUGGAGGUCUGCUGUUCGCCUGUAAUGCUGUUAUGUGGACGUUCUUCUCCAAGGCCCUUCGACAGUGCUCUUCUUCAGCCAGAGCUACAGUCACCGCCACUGCAUCCAACUUCAUCUCCUCUGCUGUCCUUGGGAGGGUCAUUUUCGGAGAGAGCCAUGCAGCUCUAUGGUGGACAGGAAUCUUUCUCACCUUGUGUGGACUGCUAGUGCUUCAUGGAUUAACACCUGAGACACUCUCACAGGAGGAGGGCAAAAAGGACAAGUAAUAUGUCUUUGACUCAUCACAAGCAGGCAGCCGUGCCCUUCGCAACAACCCGUGGCAGCAGACAUGUAAUGGAAUUUCUCAGGCACUUAAAAGUGGGAAUGUUGCUUCUAGAAAGAGGUAACUCAGCAACUUGAAUGAACUGAUACUUGUCCUUUCCUGAAAAUUACCAUUUGAUAAGAUUCUGCAGGAUUUUGUGUUUUUUACAAGACAUAAGGACAGAAAUUCACAGGGAAAAGUAGCCAAUUUGAGAAAUUCUUGUUCAAAAGCUAUUCCACCCCAACAUCAUACAAGCUAAAGGAGUUGACUUGGCUUUAUUGCAAUGGGCAGUAGUGGGCAGAACUUGUUUGACCUUUCGGUUGUCUGUCAUUUUGACAGACGGGUCCAUAAAAAUGAUGUCAUAAUCUAUUAUUAUCAGUCUUUUUUUUUAGAUUAUAAAACAUAUUUAGUUGGGUUUGCCUACAAAUGAUAAACAGAAAAGAGGUGAAACAAGUCCUCGUUCCUCGUCCCUUUUUCACCUCGAUUAUCAACGGUAUUUGGCUGCAGUGUCAGCUGUUUGUUAGCGCUGCAGCCCCAGCUGUUCAGAAGAGCCCACAUCAACGUUACAGUAACGUUACCAUCUUUAGCCCUGUAUAUGACUGUAUAACUGUUUAUUCCAGCAGCCCUCCGGCGCUCGCAGUGAAUAUUUACGAGCGUGCAGGGCUCUCUAAUGUAUUCACUGAAGCCAGCUGGACAACAAGGUUUUGCUUGUGAGAUCAGGUCAAGACUAUACAAUAGAUAAUUAUUAUGCACAUGCUACCUGCUGGACAGGAGUGUGGAUUACUUGAAUUAUGGCAAAUCACCCCAGUUUUCUAAUUGUCACAAUGACAGACAGCAUUAUUUAAAAAAAAUAUAUGGUAAAUAUUUGGUCAAUGCAACCCCUGGUAGUGGGUGUUAGUGGGUUUCAGGAAUCAUAAUUGAGUGAGUUUUGAUUUUUUUUUUUCUAUAGUUUUACACUGCAUUUCAUCAAUUGUCACCAUGGUGAAUUAUUCAUGCAGGAUGCACAAACUCCAGCCUGUCAGGACUUUGAGGAAAGACCGGAGCUAGCUUCCAUGCCUGGGUGUGUUUUUCCAGGGGGAAUUCACUGCUGCCGGACAUGUAACGCUACAUUAAGGACAAGAGGAUUGUUUUCAUAGUGAUAUGAUGGAUAUCAGGAUGGGAUGUUGAAGCUAGGAUGGGAGGACCAUGUAGCAUUUCAAAAUGUUAUUAGUCAUAAACUGCUGCUGCAUGCAUGCAUUAAUUCAGUAUCUGUAUAUCUGUAAUAUUUAUCUGAUUUGAACUGCAUAAAAUGUUUUUAUACAGUAAUAUAAACAGACACUUUGUGAUUGUGA